ACAAAUGUCAUUGUUCUAUCGCCCGUUCCUUCAGCGGCGUUCGUUCGUGUAUCCAUUCGCUGCCCUACGAAUCUGCGAUGGCGUUGCCGUCCCGCUCCUCCCUCUCCUCUGCUUCACUCAAGGAGACUUUGGGCGACCUCGAUCGCGACUCCUACGUCGCUCUCCUCUCCAAGAUCAUCGGCGAGGCGCGCCACGUCCAGAACAACCCCCCAGACCUGAUCCCCAAGGAGGACCGCGUCGCUCGCCACGUCCUCGAUGUCCUCCUCCCACUUAGCACCACCACCGGCGGCGGCCCCCUCAUCGUCUCCCAUGUCUCCUACGUCGAGGGCCGCGGUAACAUAAUCGUCGAGUACCCUGGCACUGAACCUGCCCGCAUCCUCUCCUUCGUCGGCUGCCACAUGGACGUCGUCACAGCUGACCCCAACGAUUGGGAGUUCGAUCCCUUCUCCCUGAGCGUGGAUGGGGAUAAGCUUCGGGGGCGGGGAACCACCGAUUGCCUUGGGCAUGUGGCGCUGGUGACGGAGCUGAUGAAAAGGAUCGGAGAGAGGAAGCCCAAACUCAAGAACACGGUGAUCGCUGUGUUCAUUGCCAACGAGGAGAACUCAUCGGUGUUGGGAGUCGGUGUCGAUGCCCUCGUUAAAGACGGUCUGCUUGAUAAGCUAAAGGCCGGACCUUUGUUUUGGAUUGACACAGCGGAUAAGCAACCUUGUAUUGGUACCGGGGGCAUGAUAGCAUGGAAACUCCGUGCUACUGGAAAACUUUUCCAUAGCGGUCUUCCUCACAAGGCGAUCAAUCCGCUAGAGUUAUCCAUGGAAGCACUUAAAGAAAUUCAAUCGAGGUUUUACAGAGACUUCCCUGCACAUCCAAAGGAAGAGGUCUAUGGCUUUGCCACGCCUUCUACUAUGAAACCAACCCAAUGGAGUUAUCCUGGAGGUGGAAUCAAUCAGAUUCCAGCUGAAUGUACAAUAUCAGGGGAUGUAAGGGUAACUCCUUUCUACAGUGUUGAGAACGUAAUCAAGAAAUUAGAGGAGUAUGUAGAUGACAUAAAUGCCAAUAUAGAGAAGCUAGGCACUCGUGGUCCUGUGUCUAAAUAUGUUCUUCCAGAUGAGAACUUGAGGGGAAGGCUUACAAUAACUUUUGAUGAAGCUAUGACAUCAGGGGUUGCUUGUAAUCUUGAUUCUCGUGGCUUUCAUGUCUUGUGCAAAGCAACUGAGGAAGUUGUUGGGCAUGUGAAGCCAUACUCGAUCACUGGAAGUCUGCCACUGAUUAGAGAAUUACAGGAUGAAGGUUUUGAUGUUCAAACGGCUGGCUAUGGGAUAAUGGCAACGUACCAUGCCCGGAACGAGUACUGCCUGUUUUCUGAUAUGCGCCAAGGUUUUGGUGUCUUUGUGAGCAUCAUCUUGCAGUUGGAAGCAGAUUGUGAUUAGAAACAUCCACCUUUUCUAUUCUCAAUUCUUCUUCAAGCAAUGAUGGACGUUUAUUAAAUUCAGAAUGAACUUCUCCAUCUGAAAGAUACUGCAGAAAUAAGAUUGUCCUGAACAUUUGACUUUAAUAACUCAAAAAAAUGAGAUACCUGUAUGGUAAUAUUAACUACUAAUAGUUUGAUACCCUGUUCUUGGAUCUCAUUAGAACAAUUAAAGUGGACCUGUUAUGUUUGUUUC